UCCCUAUCCGUUCCUCCUCCAAACCGCAUGGCUACGGUGGCUAGCAUGGCGAAUGGUUGUGCGCGAUCGUUUGGACGACAGUUCUGCUAUAGUUCUGCUUGACGCUUGCCUCGUUAUCCUGGUGACCACGGUUCUAGGGUGGUGAAGGUCAUAUGAGUGGGACACUGCGGCACCUUUUAGGCUUGGCAUUUGGGAAGAAAGAAUCGGUUAGGUGGCCCUUCAUAACCAGCAUCAUGUCAGAACUGCAGAACAUCAUAGAAAAGAAACAUGCAUUGGAUGACAAUGGUGAAGAAAAAGAUGCCAAGCGGCUGAAGUCAGAUAGUGAGGCACAAAAUGCAGAAUUCCUAAGAGUGAGGGCAAAGAAGAUGGCCUUGUGUAUGUGUUACAAUGGAAAGGACUAUCUAGGAAUGCAAAGGAAUCCAGGAACCAAGACAAUAGAGGAAGAUCUGCUCACUGCUUUGUACAAGGGGCAGCUUAUACAGAAGGAGCACAUAGACAUUCCACAAAAUGUGAAGUUUCAGCGUGCAGCUCGUACAGACAAAGGAGUCUCUGCUGUGCGACAAGUGGUGUCCCUCAAACUACCCACCAAUAUCAGCAUUGAUGAAAUGGUGACCAGAAUCAACAGCCACCUUGUGGAUCAGAUAAGAGUCAUUGAUAUCAAGCGAACAACAAGGGGCUUCAACUGCAAAAACAACUGUGAUUCCCGCACCUACAGUUACAUGUUACCAUCAUAUUCAUUUGCACCACCAGGAGUUACGCCUGAUGAGUCCUACCGCAUUACAAGUGAAAGAAUAGACGAAGUAAAUAAGAUCCUAGCACUGUACAAAGGUUGCCAUAACUACCACAAUUUUACGUCUGGAAAGAAAUCUGAGGACCCCAGUGCAAUGAGGUUCAUGAUAUCUGCAGAGUGUGGCCAGCCCUUUAUUCAGGGGAAUCUGGAGUUUCUGCAGAUUCAGAUCAAGGGCCAGAGUUUCAUGCUGCACCAGAUACGAAAAAUGGUUGGCCUGCUCAUUGCAAUCAUGCGUGGGUACACAGACCAAUCCACCAUUCGUCGGGCAUGGGGCCCUGAACGGCUGGACAUUCCCAUUGCACCACCGCUAGGCCUGAUGCUGGAGCAGUUGCACUAUGACCGCUACAACAAGCGCUACGGUGGAGACGGCCUGCAUGAGCCACUCUCUUGGGAGGCAAAGCAGGACUUGAUCCAAGCAUUCAAGGAGAAGCAUAUCUUCCCCACAAUUGUGGAGACAGAGAAAAAUGAAAAGUCAAUGUUGAACUGGAUGGAGAACUUGCCACUCCACUCCUACAAUGUGCGUGAGCCAGGACCUCCGACGCUUGAAGAUGCAGAGUUAUGCAAUUUGGCUGGCAGUGAUGAUGAUGGUCCAUACAAUGAGAAAGAAGCUCAAGAUGGCAGCUUCAAAAAGGAAAAUACUGACAAUACAGAAGAAAACUGCACUAGUGCAAAGAAAUCUAUAAAGCUCAAAAGUCAAGCUGUAUAAUAAAAUAACCACAGCCAUGUUGGUCUUAUGCACAUUUAUUUUAUUAACAUUUUGCAGGUCCUAGUGGUGACCCUUUACAGAAAUUGCAGUCACACAUAUCACUAUUACAGUACACUCAUUUGGAUGGUGCACUUGGGAAUGCAGGUCACUUGUCUGUACCGUAAAGGCAAAAAGAAAUAAUUAGGAGGUGCACAAGAAGCAAACUCCUGAGAAAAAUAACGCAAUCUAUGCCCACAAAGUAUGCACCACUACUACUAGACCCUUAGUGUUGUGGUAGGUUGCUGUGUUGUACAUGGCAUGAAGUGUUCCAAAAUGCUAGUGCUGAAAGUUUCAUCUAGUAUGUCUGAAAACAUCACAAGCUGUGUCCUUUGUAACCUCUGGUGUCACUGUGGGUUGAAAUAAAAGCACAGCACGUUUGUGUGCUAAUAUAGUACAGUGCAGAACAAA